GACAUUAUUGAGCUCAAAGAUGAUUUGACCAGCUUUGAAGAAUAUAUAUACAACCAAAAGAAAGAAAAAAACAAGCAAAGUAAAAAGGAUAAGUAUAAGAAAUUACAAGAAUGUGUGUCAACAUAUAAUUCCUUUGAUGAUAAAAUAAAAGACGAUGAAGAUGAACGAUUUGAGUAUUUUAAGAAAUUAAAAAAUCAGAAUGAACGUUGUGAAGAAAAUGUAGAAUUAAAAGAUCAAAUUAAUAGUGUUUAUAAUAAUAUGGAUAUUGAAGACGAAGAAGGUCGUUCUUAUAAGCACACAUAUAACAUAAGAAGAAAAUUAAACGAAGAACAAAACGAUGCUAAGUCAGUUACUGUAGAUGACAUUCAAAAGGAAAAAAAAAGUCUUAUUGAAAAUCAUAAAAAAGAAUUAAGG